AUGAUAAAGACUCUUCUUUUGGAAGACAUGCAUGAACAAAUUAGACCUACAUGUAACGAGGACCACAUGAUAAAGACUCUUCUUUUGGAAGACAUGUAUGAACAAAUUAGACCUACAUGUAACGAGGACCAGGACAUGUAUGAACAAAUUAGACCCACAUGUAAUGAGGACCACAUGAUAAAGACUCUUCUUUUGGAACUGUCAGAGAUUCUGGAGUUCCUAAAUUUCAAAGCUCACAAUGCUCAUGCAACUUCGAAAGCUAUUACAGCUUCCAAAGCUCCUCAAGCUCCAAAGGCUCCUCAAACUCCACAAGUUCCAAAGAAUCCUCAAGCUUCCAAAGCUCCUCACGCUUCAAAGGCUCUGAAAGCUUUCAAAGUUCCACAAGCUCCUAAAGCUUCCAAAGCUCCACAAGCUCCAAAGGCUCCUCAAGUUCCACAAGUUCCAAAGAAUCCUCAAGCUCCACAAGUUCCAAAGGAUCCUCAAGCUUCCAAAGCUCCUCAAGCUCCAAAGGCUCUGAAAACUUUCAAAGCUGCACAAGCUCCUCAAGCUCUUCAAGCUCCAAAGGCUCCUCAAUUUCCACAAGCUCCAAAGGCUCCUCAAGCUUCUCAAGGUCCAAAGGCUCCUCAAGUUCCACAAGCUCCAAAGGCUCCUCAAGCUCCUCAAGCUCCUCAGGCUCCAAAGACUCCUCAAGCUUCUAAAGCUCCAUAA